AGCUCCUCCUCAGCCUUACUGUGCUGGCCAUCUGGCAGCGGCAGUUAAUCUCCAUGGCCCUGGACCUGCAUCACCUGGUGUAAAUGUUCAGGCGUUUGGGAAGUUCAAGUCCGAUUGUGUGCUCAGCUGACUGCACACCUGUGCAGAACUUUGUGAUCCUGCUGUGUGCUGUUCCUGAACCUAGCGAUGAUGCUCCCUGUCAGGAUGCAUUCGAUAGUGGUUCUGUAGCAGUUCUUUCAUAUUGGGAGGGGCAGCUUGAAGUCCCUGAGAUCUCUAAGUGGUACAGGCGUUGGCGAGCAUUCCUCAAUAAGGAGUAAGUGUGCGGGUUCCAAGUCAGGUCCCCGAUUAUGUGACAUCAAGGUAUCCAAGCUACUCGCCCUCUCCAAUAAAGCACCAUCAAUACUGAUGUGGUGGCAGUCCACCUGCUGUCUCUUCAUGAAGCCCUCAAUCAGCACCUUUUUCUUCCUUACAGGGAGUUGUCCUGGCACCAUAGUGACACCUUCUCCACCUCGUCUAGUCUGCAGUAAUUCCAGCGGUGCCGGGAGGGGGGCUCACUCUUGAUGGGACUGAAUCGGGAUGGCAGCCAGGCUCUCGUUCUCGCAGUACCGGCUGGAGGCGGAGAUCGAGCGAUACCGUGCCGGCUGUCAGUGGGAUAAGAUCCCCGCGCUUGUGGAACAGCUGGUUUCAACUCGAAUACACGAAAAUGAUGACUACGGCGACCUGCUUCUGGCAGAAUCCCUGCUGGAAGAGUGUCUAUUGGAGAACAUGGCCCUCCUACGCAGUUCCACCCCUCUGAUGGACGACAGCCUGCCCAAGCUGGCCACGGCCAAGUCUCACCUCAACAAAAUCCUGAAUAGGGGUCAUCUGGAGCCCAGGUACCUGAAUGAGGCCCUACUCCUGAUGGCCAAGGUGCACUACGCUCAGGGCCGUUACCGUGACGCCCAAGGCAUGUGCGCCAAGGCAGUGAUAGACCACUUGACACAGGAUGAGCAGCCCGUCUACCACCUGCGGCUUCUGGCUGAAGUCUUCGUCAUCAAAGGCCUCUCCCUUGACCGCCAGGCUGUGUCGUCGGCCUCCCGGCUGCGCCUGUCUGAACGAGAGGAUGAAUGUCUGUCCUGCUAUCUGCGGGCCUGUGACGCUGCACUGCUGUAUCUGCAGGAGCUGGACAAGCUGAUGGCAGUUGGCCAGCCUAGCAAGGGCACAAAGUACCACAUUUCCUCAGGCUACCUGGAGUUUGAUCUGAGCUUCUUCCAGCAGGCGGCGCUACAGAGUGCCUACCUGUCACUGUUGCAUAAAGGUCACCUGGCCAAAGGGACCCAGCAGCUACGCAGGGUGCUGAGGACGAUCGAUUCCAGGGGCUCCCAGAGCUUCAGAAAGGCAGCCGCCAGAAGACUGGCUGAGGUUCUUCUCAGUUCCAUCAGUGAGGAUGCCUACUGGGACCCCCUGUCACCCCCACCAGAGGACUGGCUGCAAAGAGAGGGGCCCAUCUCCUCCAAAGAAGCCCUCCUCCCCACCUCCAGACUACCUGAGUAUUUCAGCAAGGACGGUGUCUUCUGCCCCCGGGACGUGGUGGAGGAAGCUGUGUUGCUGCUGCUGACCACAGAGUCCAUGGCCAGUGGAGAUGCCGUCAUCAGCCUUACGACCGAUCAGAAGGGGGCCCAGGAGGCCAGCCUGCAAGAUGCCACCUCCCUCUAUGACAUGCUGACCAUCGGCUUGGCCAGGAGGGGGCAGUUUGCCUUGCUCUCUCAGCGUCUGGAGGGAGCCAUGAAAUUCUCCUUUAACGAGUUCCACCUCUGCUACCAGCUGGGCCUCUCUUUCAUGGCUAGCGGCAAGGCUGCCAGUGCCGUCUCUGUGUUGAAGGAAUGCACCCAGAUGCAACCCGAUGACCCCACACUGCCCCUCCUGGCGGCCAAGAUAUGCAUCAACCAGCUGCGCUGGCUGGAACAGGGUGAGGCCUUGGCACAGAGUGUUGUCGCCAUGGGAGAUGAAGCCGGGGACUUCCUGCCUCGGGCGCACCUGGCCAUCGGGCUCUGCUACAGCCUGCGGGCUACAGAAGCUACUCUGAAGGUCACACAGGAUGACUUCAACAGACGGGCGCUGGAGUCUCUGCAAAGGGCCCAUUUGCUGGAUCCGGACGACCCCCAGAUCGCCCUCUACCUUGCCUUGCAGCUCGCGCUCGUCCGGCAGGUCAGCUCAGCACUGCCCCGGCCUGCUCGGCGUUCCCACAGAGUCCCCGUCUGUCUGCCGUGUGUGGCCUGUAGGCGACCCGGACGGCGUGGGCUGGAUGGGGAGUGGUGCCUGCUGUUUACCAAAGUGAAGCUAGAGGAGGUGCUUCUGGGACCGGAGGCUGCCCUUCGGACCUGUGAGGACAUGCUGCAGCUGUGGCAGAGUCGCUAUGAAGGAGUUCGCUCUGGGGAUGCUGAAGAGGGCAGCAAUGACUCCGACCCAGUGACCCUGAGCCGGAAGCCCAGUGGGACCCACCUGACCCUCCCCGACUUGCAUGAUGUCGAGACCGGCUCCCAGAGCGCUGCCUCUGUUGCGGCGUCCCGCCUUGAGCAGGCCUGGUCCGAGGUGUCCGGCAACAGCUCCUCCCACCGGCAAGGCCCCGCCCACAUCUGGGUGACCCUGGAGCGCAUCUGGCUGCAAGCAGGGGAGCUCUUCAUGGCGGAGCGGCGGGAGAAGGAGGCGCAGUUCUGUGCCCAGGAGGCGUCGGCGGUGUCCCCGGCCUCCCACGCUGUGCUCCUGCUGCGGGGCCGCCUUGCCGAGCUGAGGGGCUGCGACAGCGAGGCCAAGACGCUGUACGAUGAGGCACUGACCAUCCACCCCCAGGGACACCGCAUCCUCAUGCAUAUGGGGCAGCUGCUGAUGCGAACAGGCCGCCGGGGCCUCGGGGAGAAGAUGCUCCGGGAUGCAGUGCAGGCACAGAGCACGGCCCACGAGGCCUGGAGCUGCCUGGGGGAGGCGCUGCAGCGCCAGUGCAGCAUGCAGGCAGCCGACUGCUUCCUGACCGCCCUGGAACUGGAGGCCAGCUGUCCCAUCAGGCCGUUCACCAUCAUAGCACGUGAGCUGUGACGGCCUCACCCCUCCAUGGACCACUUUUGGACUAUACUGCUGUUUCACCUGCAGCUCUGUAGCGAUUUGAAUUAGCACCCCAUUUGGGUCCAGGUUGGUGUGUUUAAAAGGACCCUUUCUCCCAGUUUCUCCUCUUCCUCUUGGCUUUUCUCGGAGAUUUUCACCAGCAUUACGACGCGCAAUGCGGCAGCGCUCCACGCAAUCGCAGCCGUGAGUCCAUGACAUGGAAGACGAGGUUGCCCAGGUGCCCGCUUCUGGCACGCACAACCCCACCCCUGGUCACAAUGUGCACACCCCCGUAGAGUCUUGUUAGGCCGCACGCGAAGCAGUUGCUCGUUCUCAGGGAAAACAGUCAUACUGGCUGUAGCAUUUUUUCCCCGAAUCAGAAUUGUGACAUAAAUGUAUCGUCCUUCACAUCUCGAUCCGGCUUGAUAUUUUUGUACCUUCUUUUUCCAUAAACAGUGUUUCAGUGUUUAAUUCUCCCUUGUGGUUGUUUUUCUUUCUCCACUCUUGUGCACUGUAAGCGCUGGCUUGAGGGUGAUGGUGCAGCACUUUACAGGCAAACAAACUCAAUUAGCCAAGCAGCUUCAAGCUUGUACUGGUUUCUCCUCUUUUUCACCCGAACCCUUACACUUACAAAACAGAGCUGAUGUUCUCUCUUGCAUUCGGGUAACAGAAGAAGUGUUUGAGUUCUGUGUUUGAGGAUAACUAGUUUGCUCUGUAUCCUCUGCAGCCUCUUACCCUUCCUCGAGAGGUGGGUCGAGUCGCAGUGUACAGACAGUGAAGAGGGAUGCUGUGUAGCACUUGACAUUAAUACUGAAUGCAUAUGGCGACCCGAACAUCCCAUUGAAUGCCCCUGUUGUUUUUCCUACUUCUGAAAGGGUAUUUUUCAAUAAAAAUAUAUUUUAUACGAA